UACAAAAUAUAACCAAAAUAUCCAUAUACUGAGUUAUAUAAACCUGUAUUGAGAGCAUUGCAACUGUGAGUGGUGAAUGCUAAGGCUGUUUUUAAAAUGCACACAGUAGACCUACUGUAGCUUUGUUUAACUUUUCUAAACUCCCCAAAAAUAAAUUAUGAAAAUGAACCCUCCCCUCUCAAACAAAUGGCCAACCUGCCCAAUUUGAUAAAUCUAAUGUCAGAUGACACACUGAAAAGGCACAACCCUCUCCAUAAAACAAUUGAGAGCAAAGAGAGGGAGGCAGACAGAGAGCAGACAUGUGGGUCUCUCCAAUUCUCCUUCUGCUGGCCUGGACAGUGUCAGCGGCCACACUGCUCUCUCCCAUCCUCAACUCCAGCUCUGAUACUCCUGACCUCUGCCAGCUGCGGGAGCAGUUCAGUCUGACUGGGAUGCACCAGGAUGGAGAUGUGAUCAUAGGGGGACUGUUUGAGGUCCAUUUGUUGGCUUUGUUUCCAGAGCUGUCUUUCAGGACUAAACCAGAGCAGCUCUGGUGUCAUGAGUUUGACAUGGAGGGUUUCAAAGCAGCAAUGACGAUGGCUUUUGCUGUGAAAGAGAUCAACGGAAACCCAAACCUACUCCCUUAUAUCAAGAUAGGCUAUCGAAUGUAUGACAACUGCGUGAGGCUGCAUGCGGCAUUCCGAGCUGCCACAGCGCUUGUGAGCGGAAACGAAAAGUCUUUUUCAAUGCGGAAUUGCAGUGGGUUACCUCCUGUGUUAGGCAUCGUGGGGGAUCCUGGGUCCACUCACUCAAUUGCCAUAUCCAGUGUACUGGGACUGUUCCGUGUUCCGAUGGUAAGCUUCUUUGCCACCUGUUCCUGCUUAAGUGACAGACGGCGCUACCCCUCUUUUUUCAGGACUAUUCCCAGUGACGCCUUUCAAGUGAGAGCUAUGAUUCAGAUAUUGCAGCACUUCAGAUGGACAUGGGUGGGUCUCAUCCAUAGUGAUGAUGACUACGGUCGACAUGCUGCUCAGUCUUUCCAUGAAGAUAUCGCUGCAUUUGGUGGCUGUGUAGCAUUCUCAGAAAUACUGCCCAAAGACAAUGAUAUUGUGGAGAUAAGAAAGAUCAUACAGGUGAUUCAGACUUCCACCUCACGAGUGAUUGUGGUCUUUUCAACGGGAUCAUACCUUCUGCCCCUCAUGGAUGAGGUAGUUCGUCAGAAUGUAACACGGCAGUGGAUUGCCAGUGAGGCGUGGUCCACUUCUACUGCCUUUCUUAUCCCGCGCCUGCUGCCCUUCCUCAGAGGCACACUGGGCAUUGCCAUCCGGCGAGGAGAGAUUGAAGGGCUGGAGGAGUUUCUAUUGAGUGUCCGCCCCGACCACAGCCCUAACAGUAUGGUGAAAAGGUUCUGGCAGGAGAUGUUCGGCUGCAGGUUUGAGCCAGAAGAGGCCUUGGCAGUGGCUGAGGGAAGAAUCUGUACAGGACAGGAGGACCUGAGCAAAGCUGACUUGGCAUACAGCGAUGUGUCGGACCUCAGACCCUCCUACAAUGUCUAUAAAGCAGUCUAUGCCCUGGCACAUUCUCUCCACAACCUGAUGAGCUGUGUCCCAGGGCAAGGGCCCUUUCAAGGGAAUAGCUGUGCCAGUCUCCAUGAUAUGCAACCAUGGCAGCUGCUCCACUACCUACAGUCAGUGAACUUUACAACAGGUUUUGGGGAUCAAGUGACUUUUGACAAAAAUGGGGAUGCCUUGGCCAUCUAUGACAUCUUGAACUGGCAUGGGAUGCCAGAUGGUACAAUGAAGGCUCGAACAGUGGGUGUUGUUGAUGAAUCACAACCACCUGGGAAAGUGCUCAGUCUGGAUGAGGAUAAAAUCUUCUGGAACUUCGAAUCAAAAAAACCUCCAAGGUCAGUGUGUAGUGAGUCCUGUCCCCUUGGAACCAGAAAAGUCAGAAAGAAAGGACUGCCUGUCUGCUGCUUUGAUUGCCUUCCUUGUGCAGAUGGAGAGAUCACUAACAUAACAGAUUCUCUUGAAUGCUUCAGAUGUCCAAAGGAGUUCUGGUCAAACCUGGAGAAAGACCGAUGUGUCCCUAAGGAGGUGGAGUUUCUCUCCUAUGAAGAGGCUUUGGGCAUCUCCUUGACAACAGCAUCUCUACUUGGGGCGUGUAUUGCUGCUGUGGUUCUUGCCAUAUUUGUUUACCACCGUCAUACUCCUGUAGUGCGAGCCAACAACUCCGAACUGAGCUUCCUGAUUCUGCUUUCACUAAAACUCUGUUUCCUGUGUGCACUGCUGUUCAUUGGUCAGCCCAGGAUGUGGACCUGUCAACUCCGCCAUGCAGCAUUCGGUAUCAGCUUCGUACUCUGUGUCUCUAGCAUUCUGGUCAAGACAAUGGUUGUGAUUGCAGUUUUUAAGGCCUCAAAACCUGAAGGUCAGGGGGCCUUGAAGUGGUUUGGAGCAGCCCAACAAAGAGGCACUGUCCUCAUCCUAACUGCUCUCCAAGUGGUCAUCUGUGUUAUUUGGCUCUGCACUGCUUCUCCUACUCCUCACAAAAGCACUCACUACCAGAGCUCCAAGAUUGUGUUUGAAUGUGCAGUUGGCUCAGUGGCAGGGUUUGCGACAUUGUUGGGCUACAUAGGCCUUCUGGCAGCCAUUAGCUUUCUGUUAGCUUUCUUAGCAAGAAACCUCCCAGACACUUUCAAUGAGGCCAAGUUCAUAACCUUCAGCAUGCUCAUAUUCUGUGCUGUGUGGAUUGCUUUCGUUCCUGCCUAUGUCAGUUCUCCUGGUAAGUAUGCAGAUGCAGUGGAGAUCUUUGCGAUCCUGGCCUCCAGCUUCGGCCUACUCAUGGCUAUUUUUGCCCCAAAAUGUUACAUAAUUCUCCUGCACCCAGAGAGAAACACCAAAAAGGCACUCAUGAGCCGAGCCUCUAACUGAAAUACCUCCCUGAUAUACUGUAGCAUUUACUCUUUAAUAAUAUACAUCUAUAUAUAAUGUAUAUCUACAAUAUGCUCUUUUCCCUUUCCAGGCAUAAAAUAAUUUUGGAU